CAGCGACGACUCCUCCCGCUAAGGAAGAAGAGAAUUGCUUCCAGUUGUCUCUCGCUCUUCGUGUCCUAGGGUUAGGGUUUCGGGAAAUGGAGAAUUCGGAUGGCGUGGCCGGCGAAGGGGCGACGGCGACGGGCGCUUUGGAAUGGGGAGGCCUGCUGGAUUUCACCAUCUACGACGACAGCCCGCUCUUCCUCCCCUGGGGUGGCCCAGAGGACCGCCCCCAAGACGUGGAGGUGGCGGCAGCGGAGCCUCCACUCCCUCCGCCUCGUGCGGUCGGCAGCGUGGAUCGCGUCCGGAAGCGGGACGUGGGGCUGGUCUGCUCGAAUUACUUGGAGGGUCGGAUCCCUUGCUCGUGCUGGGAGGCGGAGGAGACGGCGCAGGAGGAGGGGGAGGGGCAGGAGGUGGCGAUGGAGGGAGUGGAGAGUAGUAAGGGAAAGAAGCGGGCGAGGAUGGGGGGGCCGCCGAUAGGGCCUCUUCGGUGUCAGGUGCCGGGGUGCGAGGCCGACAUCGGCGAGCUCAAGGGGUACCACCAGCGCCACCGGGUGUGUCUCCGGUGUGCGUAUGCUCCUUCAGUGUUUCUUGAUGGGGAGACCAAGCGGUACUGCCAACAGUGUGGCAAGUUCCACAUAUUGACAGAUUUUGAUGAGGGUAAGCGUAGCUGUAGGAGAAAAUUAGAGCGGCACAACAAACGAAGGCGGAGAAGACCUACCGAUCUUAUAAAUAUUGUGGAAAAGGAUAGGGAACAUCAAGGAGACAUUUUGGAAGAUAAUAAUUGUGUUGGUAAACCUAGAAAAGAGACAUUAGAUGGAUUUGCAUGUGGUACAGUUGAGACAUCUGUAAGCAACAAACUGAGGGAGAGAGAAACACUAUUAGAAUCUGAAGAUGGGCAUGGUUCUCCAUUUCAUUCUCUUAGUAGUUUCAAUAAUGUUCAUAGCAACAGCAUCAUGUCUUUCGUUGCAUCAGAUGAAGCCCAGAGAGAAGAAAAAAUUGAUAAUUCUAAAUCUGGCCUUUCUUCAACAUUUUGUGACAAUAAGAGUGCUUAUUCAUCUGCGUGUCCGACAGGUCGUAUAUCAUUCAAGCUUUAUGACUGGAACCCCGCAGAUUUUCCUAGACCACUUCGCCACCAAAUAUUUCAAUGGCUGGCAAGUAUGCCUGUUGAGUUGGAGGGUUAUAUCCGUCCUGGAUGUACCUUGUUGACUGUAUUUAUUGCAAUGCCACAGUUCAUGUGGGAGAAGCUGUCUCAGGAUGCAGCUCGCUGUGUAAAAGACUUGGUAUGUGCACCUGAAAGUUUGUUUUUGGGAAGAGGCAACAUUCAUAUUUACCUAAAUAACAUCAUUAUUCAAGUUUUAGAAGAUGGGACAUUGUUAAAUAGCAUCAGGAUGGAGGUGCAAGUUCCAUGGCUUCAUUAUGUGUAUCCUACUUUUUUCGAGGCUGGCAAACCUAUGGAAUUCGUAGCCUGUGGCAGUUAUCUUGACCAGCCUAAAUUCCGAUUUCUUGUGUCUUUUGCUGGAAAGUAUCUUUCAUUAAAGUCCUGUCAUGCCAUCUGUCAUAAGAUCACCGAAUGCAAUGAAAAUGGGGUGGGCUCUAUUUCAAGCAUUGAGCAUGAAGUGUUCAGGAUAAAUAUAACUCAGACAGAUUCAGAAAUUUUUGGCCCUGCAUUUAUUGAGGUAGAAAAUGAAUCUGGAACAUCCAACUUCGUGCCCAUCCUCUUUGGAAACAAGCACAUAUGUUCUAAGUUAAAGAGGAUGCAUGGAGCGUUCUUUGAAUCUCUCUGCACAGACAGCAUCAUCUCUCAGACCACUGAUACUGUUGCAAAUCCAGGCUUUUGCAAGGCUCUUGUGUUAAAGCAAAAUUCAAUAUCUGAACUACUUUUGGAUAUUGCAUGGUUGCUUAAGGAACCUCGGUUAGAGGAAACAGAAACACUCUUGAGUUCAACAAAUAUUCAUAGAUUAACUUGUUUAUUAAAAUUUUUAAUACAGAACAAGGCUUUCAUUUUGUUGGAAGAGAUACUGCGUUAUCUGGAUGCAAUUGACUGGGAAGGCUUAAACAGCAGAGUAGAUAAAGCUUUAGAUGCUGAUUCGAGGCUUUUCUUGAACUAUAUAAACCAUGCAAGAGAAAUUCUGCAUCACAGAAUUCCACAUGAUGAGAAAUCAGAGUUAGAUCCACUGGACUCCCUUUCUAGAGCCUCCAUGCCACAAAGCUAUGCGAUGAAUGAUGGGAAUAAUAGAAUGUCUUGUUUGAACCAAAGGUUGCUGGUUCGGUCCUUGUUACCCAUUACAAUAGUGAGCGUAUUUCAGGGAAGUUGAACUUAGCUUAUCAAAUUUAUAAAAUAAUUAGAGAAGUCAAAGUGCAUGUUUUUUCAUGCUGCUCCUGUGCUUCUGUGUGAGAUUUUUCAGUUAUUGUUCCUUCUAUUCCCAUAUUUUUUACUUGUUUUGAGCCUUGACAUCUUUUUUUCAGCCUUUAGGUGGACUGAAGCUGCUUGUACAAUGAGUAGGUAUAGGAGCACAUAGGGGGUGGUUUGCAUUAAAUUAGGACGCCUGCUUAGGAAGUGAAAAUAUAUUGCUAUUAAAUCUUGUAAAAAGGUUAGUAACUGGUUUUCAUGUUCUAUUAGAUAUGAACAAAACAUAAACAGCGUAAUGGUAAUUAAACCAUAAUCAGCUCUAAUUCUUAGUGGCUGUAGUAUACUAGUAUUAAUUGCUUGGUUGAAAAGGAAGUUGUUAUUUGGAAUCAUCUUUAAGCAGGAGAAGGAUUGCAAAGCAGUAGAAUAUUUGGCUGCUAAUCUGGAUACUUGAAAAAGAAAAAAAAAGUAUAAUUCUUUUUAGACUUAAUAAGGUUCAUAUAUUGGGAUAUGAAGUGUAUUUACUUGAGAGAGUGGAGGACUAGGGUAUCAUGUUUUCUGCAUUUAAGAUGCAAGGUGAAAAUGGUGGUGGACGUUUGUGUAUAAAGCACAUCUAUGUUUGAUGUAGCAUAGGAACUCGGGACUCCAGGAAAGAUGAGGGGGCAAAAUAUGUCUUUAAUAUUAUAGUGUGGAGGUGGAGUUAGGUUAUGAUCUGCCAUUUCUAUACGCAUAUCUUUCAGCUAAAAGUUAAUAUCUAUUCAAAUACUAGCCCAAAAGAAACUACACAAGACUAUGCAAGAUAUAUCUAUUAUAUGCAGAUAUACACAGAGGUAAACAACAUUUUCCUUAAUCUAACUUGCUUUUGUUGGUAUUCUAAUUGGUAUGUGUCUAGAAUCUCAAAACAUGAUUUACUUAUUUACCCAAAUCCCACUUUCUAAAUCUAACCAAAAACUUCAGUUCUUCCACAAAUCUAUGAAUUAGUACUUUGACUGAAGCUGGAUUGAUUAAUUUAUACUGUAAGAAGGUUUUCUUCAAAUAAUUGUAUAUAAAAAUGAAUUUGAAUAAUAACCUAAACUGAACAAAUAAGAUUAGUCAACAAUUGAUAUGUUGUCAUGUUGCCUACAUGCCCUACGAAUGACAACAUGCUUGCAAAUACUGCCGUUUCCUUUUUUUGAUCAAAUUCUGGAACUAGUUGGCUGUUUGGCUUUGAACCAUUAAGCUAAAGAUUUUGGUAGAAUGCUUCACUAAAGGAGCAAUACAAGACAAUCUCAUUGAACCCAGACCCACCAAACUGAGAUGUGCAAGUAAUUACCGGGAUCUGUGAUGCAGCAAGGGUCAUAUCCGGCAGUAAAUCAUUGACAAGUUGGAUAAAAAAUUGUGCAGAACCGGUCAUUAAAAAAAAAAAAAUGUAUUGCACAUAUAUUCGAAUUAUUAUAAUUCUGCUGAGAUGUUUGGCAUUAUCUGUUAGUCUCUAAUCUAAAUCUGCUUGUUUUUUUGUCAGAGCGGUGGCUUGACAUUAUUAGGCCUUUGAAUCACCAUACUAUAGUAACUUCAAAACCAAUGCCUUUUUGUG